AUGCAGUGCGCCUCCUCUCACCGGAUUCCGGGGCAGUUCCUGCGGCGCUGCUUCUCGUCCUCCGCACCGCGUCGGGAAAUUCGCGACGUCAGUGCUUUACCGCAGCGCCUAAUUCCAAAAUACCGAGAAAACCGAGGCGAGCUUCUGACUCUACAAUGGCCGGCACCACCGCGGAAUGUCCUGCUGGUGCGGAAAGACUGCGCUCCAGCAGUUACGGACUCGCUGAUUGAAUUUGUCAAUCAUAUCACAACGACAUACCCCUCCAUCGCCGUCAUCCUCGAAUCCAAGACUGCCGCCGAAGUCCACGAGUCACUCUCCUACCCAGUCUACACAGCCUGCUUGGAGGAUAAACCAACGGCAUUCCACGACAAGGUGGAUCUGGCAGUCACUUUGGGUGGGGAUGGUACGAUCUUGCAUGCAUCGUCCCUGUUCGCUACCUGCCCAAAUGUCCCCCCAGUUCUGUCCUUUAGCAUGGGCACCCUGGGUUUCUUGAGCGAGUGGAAGUUCUCCGAGUUCAAGCGAGCCUUUCGAGAAGUUUACAUGUCUGGCGCUGGCGCCGGAGAUCGUACGCCUGUUCUCGAGACUCAUCCACCGGUAUCGGACAAAGCUACUGGGUUGGAGACUCCCGAGUCAUCGUUGGGUCCUACAGGGUGGUCAUCUAUACGCGGGCAGUCAAUGGGUGCAACUCGUGGGGCUCCGAUCCUCAUGCGUAACCGUUUGAAAGUCGGUCUUUUCACGGCUGACGGCCAAGAAACCACUCCAGUCCGGGGCAAGACAGACCAUGGCCAGGGUGUGUACGUGAUGAACGAGCUGCUCAUCCAUCGCGGUAAAGAACCUCAUCUGGCGAUCGUGGACAUCUUCGUGGGUGGCCGAUAUUUGACCGAGGCCGUGGUGGAUGGAAUUAUCAUCUCGACCCCGACAGGGAGUACAGCAUACAGCCUCAGCAGCGGCGGGAGUAUCGUGCAUCCCCUAGUCCCCUCCGUGCUCCUAACUCCGAUCUGCGCGAGAAGUCUCAGCUUCCGACCUCUCGUUCUCCCUUUCAGCACACCGAUCACCAUGCGACUCAGUGAGAAGAACCGUGGUCGAGAACUAGAAGUCAGCCUGGACGGUGUCAACCUCGGCCAAGGCAUGGCCGUUGGUAUGGAGGCUCGCGUGUGGAACGAGGAGAUGAGGCAUGGCGAGAAUGAAUGGCAGGGUGGAGUGCCAAGUGUCAUGCGGAGACGCAUGGGUGGUGAAGCUCACGAAGGUUGGGUAGGUGGUUUGAAUGGCCUGCUCAAGUUUAACUACCCCUUCGGUGAGUGA